GGGUUUCGUGCUGUCCGAGGGGGUCCGGUGUGGACAUGGCUGCUCGCUGUACCGAGGCGGUGCUGGCCGCCCUGGGGGUGCUCAGUGUCUGUUCGGCCAGCAGCUCCGGGUCCGAGGCUUCCGGGGAGGCAGAGAGGGAGGAGCCGUGGGAUGGCGCGGUUUUCCGGCCUCCCGCCGCCCUAGGCGCCGUGGGGAUAGCGCGCGGGCCCGGGUCCCCGCCUCCAGGGAACAGAGAGGCGGUGGACCUACCAGUGUUGCUGUGGUGGAGCCCAGGUCUGUUUCCGCACUUCCCAGGUGACUCGGAGCGCAUACAGUGUGCGCACGGCGCGUGCGUGGCGUCCCGGGAUCGACGGGCGCGCGCCGACCCGCGGACGCGCGCGUUGCUCUUUUACGGCACGGACUUCCGCGCGGCUGAUGCGCCCCUGCCGCGCCUGGCGCACCAGAGCUGGGCGCUCCUGCACGAGGAGUCGCCGCUCAAUAACUUCCUACUGAGCCACGGCCCGGGCAUCCGUCUCUUCAAUCUCACCGCCACUUUCAGCCGCCACUCGGAUUAUCCGCUGCCGCUGCAGUGGCUGCCCGGGGCCGCCUAUUUGCGCCGGCCCGCGCCUCCGCCCCGGGAGCGCGCCGAGUGGCGUCGCCGCGGAUACGCGCCGUUGCUCUAUUUGCAGUCCCAUUGCGAUGUGCCUUCCGACCGGGACCGAUACGUACGCGAGCUCAUGCGCUACAUCCCGGUGGAUUCCUAUGGCAAGUGCCUGCAGAACCGCGAGCCGCCCACCGUGCGAUUACAGGACACAGCCACGGCCACCACCGAGGAUCCAGAACUCAUGGCCUUUUUGUCCCGGUAUAAGUUCCACUUAGCUCUGGAGAAUGCCAUCUGCAAUGAUUACAUGACAGAAAAACUGUGGCGCCCCAUGCAUCUGGGUGCUGUGCCCGUGUAUCGUGGAUCACCCUCUGUGAGGGACUGGAUGCCCAAUAAUCACUCUGUCAUCCUAAUUGAUGACUUUGAGUCCCCUCAAAAGUUGGCAGAGUUUAUUGACUUUCUGGACAAAAAUGAUGACGAGUAUAUGAAAUACCUGGCAUACAAGCAGCCUGGAGGCAUCACCAACCAGUUUCUUCUGGAUAACCUGGAGCACAGGGAGUGGGGAGUCAACGAUCCCAUGUUGCCUAAUUACCUCAAUGGCUUUGAGUGUUUCGUCUGUGACCAUGAACUGGCUCGGCUGAAUGCCGAGAAAGCACAUGCAUCCUCUCAUGGGGACAUUCCUGUCCCCGAGCCUCGCAUUGCCCAGUCGUCGCACAUGAACUGUCCAGUGCCUACCCCUGGCUUUGGGAAAGUCGAAGAGAUUCCCGAGAAUGACAGCUGGAAGGAAAUGUGGCUACAAGAUUAUUGGCAAGGUCUCUAUCAGGGGGAAGCUCUCACUGCCAUGAUCCACAACAAUGAGACACAGCAGAGGAAAUUUUGGGAUUAUGUACAUGAGAUCUUCAUGAAACGGAAUAAAAAUCUCUAACUGCCUUCAUGUAAGAGCUGUUAACUUGGAAGACUGCGUUACUGUGGUACCUGAGGCACAUCCACCUUUAGUGAAUACUCUAUGAUUGAUGUUUUCACUGAUUCUCUUGCCCUGUAUUGGGAAUUGGAACCUUGGGUUCUGAUAAUACCAGGCAAGUACCCCUAGGCCCUCUCCACCUGAAUGGUAUGGAGCUAGUAUCUCAGCCUGUGGUAAGAUAGCUUCUCCUUAAAGAGAAGCAGAAGCCAGAAGCACCCAUUUGAUGACUCAAGUACACUUCUCAUGUCUGUAGUCAUUUCAUCAUUUUAAAUAUGGACAGGAUGGUUCAGGCUAUGAUCUAUAAAACUUCCGUAAUUUAGUACCUUUAAAUAGUGUCCAUUCCUCCUCUUAUCAGCCGGCACACUGGUUGGGAGGCAAAGCCUUAUGUGUGGGUGUGUUGUUCUGUUUUUCUGCCUUUUUCUCCCUUUUGAGAUAGGUCUCACUACAUGGCCCAAACCAACAUCCAAAGCCUAGGCCUCAAUGACAGUACCUGCCUCAGCUGCUAAGUAGCAGGGGCUGCAAGUAUACAAUACUAUGCUCAGCUCUUCACGUUACUUUAAAAAAAAAAUACUUGCACUGUCUUUAAUAUCAGAUGUCUUUUAAGUAGCUUGCUCUUUCUGGCUUUGGGCGAUUUCCCACAAACUGGAAAGACUGACAAACAUUUACAUCAUUCUUACUGCGUGGUUUUCUUAUUUAGGUAUAUUUGGAAUUCUUUCUCUUACGAACAGAUUGAGUAGCUAAUAUUGGCAUGAUAUCAGUUCAGUGUAUUGCCUUGUUCUAGGGCUGGAAAGCGCCAUUCAGUCCACUACCCACAUUCUCUCAUGUUCUUCCAGAUAACGUUUAUGGUGCGGAGUCACUGGUUUUGUGGUUCUGGGAAGGCAAGCAUUCUAUAAAUUGAGUUAUAGCUUCAACUCUAAUACUGAGGGGUUUUGUGUAUAUAUGUGGUUUUUUUGUGUUUGUUUUUUAAUAAAGACAGCCCGAGGCCCCCAGUUCAAACAGAUUGAAGAAAGCAAGGGAUUUAAGUCACCCUUAAGUGCUUAGCGAAAUAAAAACUUUAGAUUUGAGGCUGGAGAGAUGGCUCCACUCUUAAGAGCACUGGCUACUCUUCCAGACCACCCAAGUUUGAUUCCUAGCAUCCACAUAGAGCUGACAACUGUCUGUAACUUCAGAUGCAAGGGUAUUACAUAUAUAUAUUCAAUCAAAACUCCCAUAUAAAUCCACACAACCAAAAGUGUAGGUUUGAAGAUAUAGAUGAACUGCCUACUGCUUACCAGGAGCUUUUUCUGGGGCGAUCAGAAAGAAUGCCUUAGGCCUUAGAGCUAUGCUUAUUGUAUUGAUGAAUUAUCACUUGAGAAGUCUCUUGGUUUAUCAGUGCAUCUGAUUGCAAACUACAGAUAUCUCUGAAUCUAUGUCUAUACAGAUAGAUACAUACAUGCAUGUUAGAUGCUUUAAGCAACCAGGCUUCAUGGUUAAUACUGUGAUAUCUAAGGAUGUGACCAGGUUGGAAUUACAUUGCUAAAGUUUUGUUUUUCAUUGUGUGUGUUGCUGGCGAUGGAUCCUAAGGUUCUGUGCAUGCUAAGAAUGUGCUCUGUCUGGCUCUGCCUCUGAGUUAUGUCCCCAGAUCUUUAUUUUGUUCUUUAGUAAAAAAUGCCUUCAGUAGUAGCAUGGAAAUUGCUUAACCUAUUUUUGUUUGUUUGUUUUGGAUUUUUUUUUUUUUGGGGGCAGAGAACAAGGUGUUAAAAAAAAGGGGGGGGGGGUGUCCAUGAGUGCUAGGCCAACUUGUGUUACAACAACAAGACUGUC